AUGGUUGUUUUCGAGCACAUCUCUUCACAUGUUACACGGCAAACACGGGAGCUCAACAGAUUUCAAGAGUUCAUUAUUGUAUUUAUGAAACUAAGACUAAAUGCACCAUUGCAGGAUCUUCCAUACCAGUUUGUUGUUUCAGUGUCGACAAUCUCCAGAAUAUUUUCCCACUGGAUUGUUGUGAUGGACACAAGGUUUUUUCGCGUUGUGUACUGGCCAGAGAGGGACCAACUAUGGAGAAAAAUGCCCCAGUGCUUCCAGUUUGCAUUCGGAAAGAAAACAACUGUUGUGAUUGACUGCUUUGCAGUAUUUAUUGAGAGGCCUUCAAACUUGCUACCCAGGGCACAGACCUUUUCAAGUUACAAACAUCACAAUACAAUCAAAAUUCUGGUCAGGAUAACACCACAAGGAACUAUUUCAUGUGUGUCUGAAGCGUGGGGAGGUAGUGUCUCAGAUAAAUUCAUAACUGAUAACUGUGGCCUCCUGGACAAACUGAUUCCAGGAGACAUGGUGAUGGCAGACCAGGGAUUCACCAUCACUGGGAGUGUUGGACUGAAAAAUGCUAAACUGGUAAAUUUCAGCUUGACCCAGUGGACGUGGAGCAGAUGA